GGAUUAUAAAGCAAAUGUCGGAGCUGGUGCAGGGCAGAGGGGGUGUUUCUGCAGGGUCCCAAACGCAACAGGAGCCGCACACCAGAAAACUCGGCAAACCUGCGCAACUUUUUUUUUUUUUUUCUCCUUCAAGCCGAGCAUUACUUUAUUUUUUUUGUUUUUGUUUUUGUUUUGUUUCGACUACUUUUCGAACUCCACCCCGGCCGCUGCAGACAUGACCACAGCCGUGGCGUCGCCUUUCUUCGACUUCGACAUAAUGAACAAGAACAACAAACUGCUCAGCUACAACAACAACAACAACCUGGGUGCCCCCCAUCCCAUGUCUGUCCCUUGCACUGGCACGAGUGUGCCCAUCUCCUCCAGCCCCGCCGGAGUCCUGCUGGACAGGAAGGCGGUGGGCUCUCCCUCGGUGGGAGGCAUGUACCAGCGGCGGCACUCGGUCAGCAGCACUCGGUUCAGCCAGAACCAGUUUCUGAACAGCCUGAAGGCGGCGGAGCACUCCUCGCUCAUCUCGGGGCUCGGCGGCGGCAACAACAACAACAACAAGGAGAACCGCCUGCGAGACCGCUCCUUCUCCGAGACGGGCGAGCGGCUCCUCAACAAGUGCCUGGGCCCCGCCAGCCCCACCGGCGGCAGCCAAGUGAACUCGAGCCGCUACAAGACGGAGCUGUGCCGGCCCUUCGAGGAGAACGGUUCCUGCAAGUACGGCGACAAGUGCCAGUUCGCCCACGGGAUCCAUGAACUACGCAGCCUGAGCCGCCACCCCAAGUACAAAACCGAGCUGUGCCGCACCUUCCACACCAUCGGGUUCUGCCCGUACGGGCCCCGGUGCCAUUUCAUCCACAACGCCGAGGAGCGCCGCGGGCCUCCCCAGCAGUGCUCACCUCUCAACCCUUCCAACAAGAUGGACCGGCCUCGCCUGCAGCACAGCUACAGCUUCGCGGGCUUCUCCAGCUCAGCCGGACUGAGGGACAGCCCCACCUCGGUCACCCCGCCGCCCAUGUUCUUCCCCGACGAGGUGCCGGACUGGCCCAGCAGUAACCCGUUCACCUACUCCAGCCAGGAGCUGGCCAACCUGUUUGGACCAAGCCUCAGCGCCGGCCCUCUGGGCACAGAGCCCCACGCGCCCGCACCCCCCUCUCCAACGAGCACGCCUUACUAUUUCAGACCCAUGUUGGAGUCCCCGCAGAUUUUCGAGUCUCCAGCCAGCCCCCCCGACUCUCUGUCAGACCAAGAGGGCUACCAGAGCAGCUCCGGAGGCAGCCUGAGCGGCUCCGAGUCGCCCACGCUGGAUACGACCCGCCGCCUGCCCAUCUUCAGCCGCCUCUCCAUCUCCGACGAUUAGGCCGCGAGCAUCCACGAGUGACUUAAAGAGUUCGAUGACACAAAGAGAACACGGCACUCCCCUCUACCUCUGCGCCCUCGUCCCAGGUCCCCCAUCCAUCCACACACACACACACACACACCGUUUUAGUUCCUUGUCAGGAUAACAAGGACGUUAGUCAGUUAAGGGAAAUCUCUUGUCAUUUCACCCCUGUUAAUCUGCACAGCAAGUUUAAACCGUACUCUGCCACGUGUCAUAGUGCCAAAAAAAAAAAAAGGAGAGGAAAUUGAACAAUGAAAAUCAUGAAAACAUUGACAGUUUUUCCAGGUGCCACUUGUUUCUUGUUUCUUUUUUUUCUUUAUUAGUUCUUGAAUGUGUAGCAGCACAAGUGGCCUUGGAAAGGGGAGUGCUUUGCACUAGCCCCCCCCCCCCCCCCCCCCCCCCCCCCCCAUCUUCGCUCUCUCCCGCGCUCUCCCGCCCUUCUCCCUGGCGAUACCACUUCCCCAGAGCUAGCUAGCGGGUGCUCACUAACUUCUCUAGAUCUACCGCAGCCGUUUUUACCGUCUGAGCAAAGGAAAAAAUAGACCCUGAAAAUAUAUGAAUAGUUUUUAAAAGAAGAAAAAAAGUGCCUGGGGCGGUUUCUGCAUGUGUUGAGGGUGAAUGGACUACUGUUUUCUCAUUUACCCCCCCCCCCCCCCCCCCCCCCUUCAGUUCUUCUCAAGCCCGGCUUAUGUAAUUGUGGACUGGGUGAGUCUGCAGGAAGGACUUUGAACUGGAAGUUGGUUAUGUCCCCCCCCCCCCCCCCGCCCCGAGCUUCUCCCACUGUUGCUGGUCACUGGCUCUUUUUCUUGGGCAGGAAAUUUUGAUAUCAAACUGAUCAUUAAACCUGUAAGACUUGGCCCCGCCCCUCGACCCCGCCUCCCAGCCUUCAUCCUGGCCGGUCUGGGGAAUUCCAGCAUUCCCAUGGUGCAGUUGAACAUCCUGCGAUCGGAUUUCCAAGCUAUUUCACUUUACUUCUUCGCCCACUUUAGUAUCUGCUCUCAGGAGCACUCUGUUCUCAUUACAUCCUUUUUUUUUUUUUUUUGCUUUAUUUGAUAAUUAUUUUUUAUUAAUGUUAUUACGGUUAUUGUUUGAAAAGCUUUCUGAACAGAAGGUUUUGCUUGUCACUGCUUAUUUAACUUAUCAGAACAUAUUUAUUGCUGAUCAUAUGCUUUUUUUUGGUUAAUUUUGUUUUGUAUUUAUCUGGAUAAUGAACAAUAGAAUAUAUUUUCUUUUAUGUUAAAUUAUGAUCUUCCAUAUUAAUCUAAAGAUUGUGAAGACGUUUUUGUCAGUUUUCCUUUUUUCACAGUUUAAUAUAUUGUACUUCAAUGACUUUUGUUCUGCAACUACACUUUGUCAAAAUGAACCUUAAUUUAAAGCAAAAAAAAU